AUGCCAACAGCGGCCAGACCGAUUGGCAGAAAUCCCAAGAUCAGCGAGGCGAUUGAGACUCUCCGUGAACUCUUCUUCCAACACCCCACACUCACAAUAAGGUGCGACAGCCACCACACCCUCCCAGGCUCCCAUCUUGAAGUUCUUCUCAUUUUCAGACAUCAAUAUAAGGUCCGCCGUACUCUCAGCAGUCAAUGCCCUGAUGGUUGGUGA